AUGGGUCGGCAAAAGCGAGUCAAGAAGAAUGGAAAUGUGGCCUUGCCAAAGAAAGCCGAGGAGGAUGGCCAUUCAGCGCAUGCUGACCAGCUCUCCUCCGACUUGGACGCCAUAAGAGCAGCCAUGCUCGAUCCUGAGGAAGCUCUCAGAAGGAGAGAGGGAGUAUCGACUUCACCUUCGCAAGACCAGACCUCAAACCUGGGACCAAAGUCGAUUGUUUGCGUGCUUUCUACCACCAGCUGCUUCGCCCCUCGAGUUCCUGAUCGGCUGCCGGCAAUAACCCGCCUCUGUAAGGUGUGGGGAGUACCGCACUUAGUGAACAAUGCCUACGGUGUACAGUCGAAGCGGUGCAUGCGUCUCAUCGAGUCUGCCUGGGCUGAAGCUCGUCAACCGGCAGUUUGCAAGCAAACGGAAGGGGAGGAGAGGGAUGUUGGUGGUGGUGGAAAUGUGGAUGAUUUGACCCCCCUCGACCUUAUCUACGUACAGUCGACGGAUAAGAACCUCAUGGUGCCCGUGGGUGGCGCAGUCAUUGCUGUAUUUUCAAAGAGCCUGCUCCAGGAGAUUGCUGAAUCCUAUCCUGGUCGUGCCUCAGGCUCACCGUCUUUGGAUGUGUUCGCCACCCUGCUACACCUCGGUCGUUCUGGCUGGGAGGAUCUGUUGGCGCAGCGAGAGGCAUGCUAUCUUCAGCUUUCCGAGGGUUUGCGUGCUCUAGCGGCCAAGCACGGUUUGCGUCUCAUGGAUACUCCCGAGAAUCCAAUCUCUCUCGCCCUCUCCCUCCACGCUCUCUGCAGCGGCUGCAAUGACGAUGGCGAUGCCGUAGACGGCGAAGUUGACGCAGACGCAACGGGUCUCGACCCCGACAUUCUAACUCAACUUGGUGCUAAUUUGUUCACGCAAGGAUGCUCUGGUGUCCGAGUGGUUGUGUCAGCGGCAAUGGAGCGUCGAAGCGGUCUGCCGGCGAAGGUGGUGGCAGGCGUGCGGCUGGAGGGUUUCAACUCCCAUAGCGCCGCUUCCAGCGAGGCCUACAUGAACGCUGCGGCAGCUCUGGGUCAGACGCCGACAGAAGUGGACGUCUUCCUUUCUCGUCUGGACAAGGCCCUCUCCUCCUUUCAGCGGCGACAACGGCAACAACAACAACGACGAUCACAGGAUCAAGACCCCACUGAAUGGCUCAAUGGUAGCCUUUAA